UGAGGAUGGAUGUACAAAUUUGGCUUGUCAUACCCUUGGAGUUUUAUUUUCUGCCUAUGAUUCGAUGUACCAAAGUUUUAAUUGGAACCAAAGUCCAAAUUAAGGAGAUUGAUGUCGAUACAGGCAAUGUCAAGAUACUUGUUAACGAUGCCCGUGGAGAAAUGUAUGGCAUGGAUUACGAUUACAAAUUCAAAUAUAUGUAUUUUACAAGAUAUCAUCAUCGUUCCAUAAUGCGAUUUCCUUAUCCAACUGAGAAUCCAGUAUUGGAAAAAUUUAUCGACACAGGCAGUGGUCCAACAGGUUUAGCUAUCGAUUCCGAAUAUGGACAUGUUUACUGGACUGAGUAUAACACUCACAGACUAAGGCGGUGUAAUGUUAACGGAUCAAAUGCAGUUAUUAUAGCGUCCAAUCUAAAAUACCCUUUUUCUAUACGACUUAGUUUAGUAAACAGGUGGAUGUAUGUCGUUGAACGAUUUAAAAGAAUUAUAAAAGCAAGAUUUAAUUACAGUGAAAGUCAUGGAAUCGUAGACUUAAACACACGAGUUGACUACAUGGAUUUAGAUAUAAAUGAAGACAAGUUGUACUGGACAACUUUUUACCAGGGUGAUUUGAAAUCAGCAAGUGUUAGAGGCUGUGAUGUUAAAACACUUUUUCAAACGGGGAACGCAAAGUAUUACCAGCCUAUUGAUGUCUAUGGUAGUUCCAUAUUUUAUUCCAGUAACCAAAAACUGUUAAUGUCGAAUACAACACAAGGAACUACAUCGACUGAAUUGUAUACAGACACAUACAGCAUAUUUAGUAUUUAUGUACAUCACCAAACAGCUUAUUUUUUAUGAAUUCUUGAACAGAAGAAAUGCCAAUAAAGCAGAACUGCCUCCAAUUACAGACUAAACUGGAGGACAAAAUCAAAGGCGCUAAUGGUACAAAUACAAUCAGGAUCUCAUUAUAUAGUUAGGAAACCAGGAAUUCAAGACAACCUUAAAAUGUAAAAGGAUACAAACUGUUAUAAUUAACCUGAUAAAGGCAAAUAAAGCAUGAAUAUGUAGGAUACCGCUCGAUAUUUCCGGAGUCCGGAGCGUAAUGUGAAGUCCUCAAAUGCAUUAUUUCCAAUAUCAAGUCAUGAAAAUCAGACAUAAUAGAAAGUAUAUUCUGGCCUUUUUUAGCUCACCUGACCUGAAAGGUCAAGUGAGCUUUUCUCAUCACUUGGCGUCCGUCGUCCGUCGUCCUGCGUCCGUCGUCCGUCGUCCGUCGUCCGUCGUCCGUAAACUUUUACAAAAAUCUUCUCCUCUGAAACUACUGGGCCAAAUUUGACCAAACUUGGCCACAAUCAUCAUUGGGGUAACUAGUUUAAAAAAUGUGUCCGGUGACCCGGCCAACCAACCAAGAUGGCCGCCAUGGCUAAAAAUAGAACAUAGGGGUAAAAUGUAGAUUUUGGCUUAUAUCUCUGAAACCAAAGCAUUAAGAGCAAAUCUGACAUGGGAUAAAAUUGUUUAUCAGGUCAAGAUCUAUCUGCCCUGAAAUUUUCAGAUGAAUCGGACAACCCGUUGUUGGGUUGCUGCCCCUGAAUUGGUAAUUUUAAGGAAAUUUUGCCGUUUUUGGUUAUUAUCUUGAACAUUGUUAUAGAUAGAGAUAAACUGUAAACAGCAAUAAUGUUCAGCAAAGUAAGAUCUACAAAUAAGUCAACUUGACCAAAAUGGUCAUUUGACCCCUUAAGGAGUUAUUGCCCUUUAUAGUCAAUUUUUAACCAUUUUUCGUAAAUUUUUGUAAUCUUUUACAAAAAUCUUCUCCUCUGAAACUGCUAAGACAAAUUAACCCAAACUUGUCCACAAUCAUCAUUAGGGUAUCUAGUUUAAAAAAUGUGUCCGAUGACCCCGCCCGCGAACCAAGAUGGCCGACAUGGCUAAAAAAUAGUACAUAGGGUAAAAUGCAGUUUUUGGCUCAUAUCUCUGAAACCAAAGCAUUUAGAGCAAAUCUGAUGAGGAUAAAAUUGUUCAUUAGGUCAAGAUCUAUCUGCCCUGAAAUUUUCAGACCAAUCAGGCAACCCGUUGUUGGGUUGCUGCCCCUGAAUUGGUAAUUUUAAGAAAAUUUUGCAGCUUUUGGUUAUUAUCUUGAAUAUUGUUAUAGAUAGAGAUAAACUGUUAACAGCAAUAAUGUACAGCAAAGUUAGAUCUACAAAUAAGGCAACAUGACCAAAAUUGUCAAUUGACCCCUUAAGGAGUUAUUGCCCUUUAUAGUCAAUUUUUUACAAUUUUCAUAAAUUUUGUAAAUUUUUGUAAAUUUUUACAAAGUAUUUUCCACUGUAACUACCGGGCCAAGUUCAUUAUAGAUAGAGAUAAUAGUAAGGAGCAAGAAUGUUCAGUAGAGUAAGAUCUACAAACACAUCACCAUCACCAAAACACAAUUUUGUCAUGAAUCCAUCUGUGUCCUUUGUUUAAUAUGCACAUAGACCAAGGUGAUCGACACAGGCUCUUUAGAGCCUCUAGUUUUUCAAAUUGAACGUCUUUGUUACGUCCAUUGUAGACGAAACGCUUGUCUGGCGUACAUAAUUUUAAGCCUGGUAUCUAAGUUUAGUUUAUUUAAUACUACUAACAUUGUUGUGGUCAAUAAUCUAGUAAUCCCUGGAAAUUUGUUUAUGUAUCCUUAAUUGUAGCUUAUAUUAAGACGUUGGUGUUAUUUCCACCUGCACAUGUGGGCAUUUAAGUUCUUUCUACUAAAAUUUACCUUAGUUCUUAUUAAAAACAUUGAAUUAAAAACCCGCACUGUGGUUUGCAAUGUAUAGUAUAUUAGAUUCCCAUGGUGAAAGAAAAGAAAUAGCUGAUCCAUUAAAUAUACACGAGGGGCUAUAUAGAAGUUUACCAAAAAAAAGUAGAGGAUUGGAAAUGGCAAAAUCUAUAUGAGCUAUGUUCAGGUAAAGACCAACACAGAUCAAGUAGACAGGACAAAUUGAAAAUCGCAAAGCUACAAACAGUGUUAUACUUGUGCCGUAAGUUUAACAAUUCCCGCGUUGUAGCACAAUAAAGUUCUAUCAAGGAUAUAUAUAGUUUAUAUUGUUUAACAACUUUCUGAAUCAUCAUGACACCAUGACUGAUAUCAUCACUCCGUUAGUUCUAUUUUAACCAUUUAUUAAAUUAUCAGUUAUUCAUUAAAUUGUUUUUACUUUA